GAGAGAAAGAGAGAGGCAGACAUACGAGGGCAGUUUGAUAAGUCAGUGACUUUUUGAAUUUCCCGCGCAGUAACUUGAAAUGCAAUAGUGCUGCCGUCAACUGCCAUCUAUGAAUAGACUACUGUUCAAGUUUGAGCGAGCUGCGUAAUUUAGUGUGUGUUUGACAGCCGUUGAAAGCAGACAACCUCGUGAAUUGUAACGAAAAUGGAAAAAAGUGAAUUUCGUGUGCUGAUUAAGCAUUAUUUUUUGCGUAAAAAAACCAUCACCAAAACCAAGGAAAAGCUUGAUAAAUACUAUGGGGACUCUGCACCAUCAAUUUCAAUGGUUAAGAAGUGGUUUACAGAGUUCCGUUGUGGUCGUACCAGCACAAGUGACGCCGAACGUUCAGGUCGCCCAAAAGAGGUCGUCACGCCAGAAAUCGUCAAUAAAAUCCAUGGAAUGAUACUGGACGAUCGGAGAAUGAAAGUGUGUGAGCUGGCUGAGGCUGUCUCUACUGAGCGGGUACAUCACAUUUUACAUGAAUAUUUGGACAUGAAAAAGCUAUCCGCGCGAUGGGUGCCGCAACUGCUCACACUCGAUUAUAAGCGCAACCGUGUGACCACUUCAAAAGAGUGUUUGGCAAUGUUCAGACGUAAUCCGAACAAGUUUUUGCGCCGUUUUGUUACCGUGGACGAAACAUGGAUCCAUCACAACACAACAGAGACCAAGGACAAUCAAGACAGUGGGUUUCUCCGGGUGAACGUGCACCAAAAAAGGCCAAGAUGGGUCUGUCGGCCAACAAGGUCAUGGCCACCGUUUUUUGGGAUGCACGCGGUAUCAUUCACAUCGAUUACCUUGAAAAGAGUAAAACGAUCACAGACGAAUAUUAUUCAGAGCUUUUGAACAGAUUCAAUAUUGAUUUGAAGCAGAAACAACCACAUUUGGCGAAAAAAAGUGCUGUUCCAUCCAGACAAUGCACGGGUCCACACAUGUGUAGUCACCAUGGCAAAAAUCCAUAAAUUGGGCUACAAACUGCUAUCCCAUCCAGCAUAUUCUCUAGAUUUAGCACCCUGCGACUAUUUCCUAUUUCCAAACCUUAAAAAAUGGCUGAGCGGUAAAAGAUUUGGGUCGAAUGAAGAGGUCAUCACUGAAACAAACGCCUAUUUUGAGGACCUUGAAAAAACCUAUUAUUUAGAAGGAAUAAAAAAUUGGAAAAACGUUGGACUAAAUGUAUCGAGAUGUAUCUGAACAUAAAUUUUAUAUUAAUUAUAUAAAUUUUAAUUAAUUAUAUAUAUU